AUGGACGAACAUUUGCUAAAUCUACCAGAAGAAUUUCGAUUCCGAAUUUCUGAUGCUAUUGAAUCCUACGAUCAACAAUUCAAUGACUCAACUUUGAAUCAAUUUAUUGAUCUACUUUUCGAAUGUGCAACUAGUAAUUUGGAUUAUUUUGAACCUAUUUACCAAAUUUGCAAACUUCAAGUAGAGAAAGAAUCAAAUGGCAAUAAUGAGGGCAAAUUCCUGAAAAAGUUUGAUUCUCAUGUUGAAACAUUGCUUCAUAGUUUCUUCGAGAAUUCUGAAAAUUCUGAAAACUGCGCAGCGGCUUCAAUGAAAAUGUAAGUUUUUUGAAAGGUGAUUAAUGGCUCUCAAAAAAAUGUUUCAGCUAUUUUUUGGCGUUUCUAAGUGUUCAAAAAUUCUGGUUAUAUGAUAUCACAUUUGAUCGAAUUAAAAAGUUAAUGAGUCCAGUUGGAUGUAAUUGUCCUGAGCAUUGUUAUGUGAAAGACUGUGCAAAUGGAACGGCAUUGAGAGCAGGUAACUUUUAAUUUAUCCUAUGAUAAAUUUCAAGAAUUUUUGGUUUAGAAGAGUUGCGAUUGAAAGAGCACUCAAUUCAAUGUGGGAUUCUAUAUUUGAUAUCAAUUACCCCGUUGUUAUUGCGGAAUAUUGAAUAUUAUAUUUAUUGGUGUUCAAGACUUCGGAAAUAUAAACAUUGUUUUGGAAAUGUGACACAAGAUAUGAUUGGACAAUUGGAAACUUGUUUUGAAUGUAUUGGUAAAGGUGCGCAGAGUGUAUUGAAUGAAAUUGGAAGGUGAGACUUUGAAACAUCUAAAGAGACUGUAAUUUUUGAUCUUUGCAGUUUGGAAAAAACCGAUGAAGAUAUUGAUAUUGAAAUAAAUAGAUUGAUGAUUGAGAAAGAAAAAAAUGCUAAGAGAUCUAGCGAGGAAUUAUUGAAGUUGCAGAAAAUCAUGAAGUAGGUUCUCUAACAAGUUACACUUUUAUUUUUAAUAGUGUUUCAGGGUUCAACUGGAAGAGAAUCCAGAAAUCAACGAAUUCAAUUUGAGAAUUCAAGAAAUCAAUAAAUCCAUAUCAGAAACUCGCAUCCGAUGUCCAAAAGUUCUUCAAAUUCAAAAAACCUACAGUGAAAUAUUGAAAACUAACCAAACCGAAUUAUUCGACUCAAUCAAAUCAAAUAUAGAUAAGCUACUCAAAAUUCAUCCGAAAUCUCAAGAAAUAUGGGCAAUGAAACUGGAAAUUUUGGAAAACGCGAAGACGAUUGAGGAUUAUAGAGAGAAAAUUGAAGAGAGAAUUCUGAUAAUUGAGAGGAAUCCGAAUAUUUUGAUGGAGGAUUUGGGAAAGGAAAUUGAGAAAUUGCCAAGUGAUGAAUUUAUGGAGAAAUUGAGAAAAUUGAUGGGGGAGAAUAAUUUGCCUUUUUAG